AUGCCGCUAGAAGUGAAGCCAAAUUGGCUUCUCCAGGGUGUCAGGGUGUCCCUGCCCCGGGGGCUGCGGGCGGGAGGGGUGGUCGGGGGCGGGGCGGCCCCACAGCUCGGGGCAGGUGACCCCGGGUACCCUGGAGACCCCGGCACCCCGCCGGCCGCCUCCAGCGCGCUCUGCCCUCCGCUGCGGCCGGGCACAUCAGGCAGGGGUGGCCGGGUUCCCCGGGGUCCUCGGGGGCGGGGGAUGGGCUGUGGGGCCAGCCGCAAAGUGUCCCCGGAGCCCGUGGGCCUGGGGGAGGUCCCGGGGGGCGGGGGGCGGCUCGGCCGGGGGGCGCCGGACAAGGCCCGGGAGGAAGAGGCCAGGACGGAGCAGGCGGCCAGGUGCCAAGCACACUUCGACCGCCGGGUCACCGCCAGAUAUGACAUCAAGGCUGUCAUUGGAAGGGGUAGCUACAGCAGGGUUAUGAGAGUGGAACAGAAGGCUACCAAGCAGCCUUUUGCCAUAAAACUGAUUGAAACCAGCAGAAAGGAAGGCAGAGAAGUGUGCACAUCUGAAUUGAGUGUCCUCAGGAGGGUCAGCCACCGCAACAUCGUUCAGCUGAUAGAGGUCUUCGAGAUCCGGGAUCGUGUAUACUUAGUGAUGGAGUUGGCUACCGGAGGAGAACUAUUUGACCGAGUCAUCGCCCAAGGGUCUUUCACAGAACAGGAUGCUACCCGAGUUCUCCAGAUGGUUGCUGAUGGAAUAAGGUACUUGCACAGUUUACGGAUAACUCAUCGGGACCUGAAGCCUGAAAAUCUCCUGUACUAUCACCCGGGGGCGGAGUCCAAGAUUUUGAUCACGGAUUUUGGGUUGGCUAGUUCUGGCAACGUGAGUAGCGACUGGUUCAUGACCACUCUUUGUGGGACUCCAGAGUACAUGGCACCUGAGAUUGUGCUAAGGAACCCUUACACCAGCGCUGUGGACAUGUGGGCUCUUGGGGUAAUUACUUAUAUUUUACUGAGUGGCAUGUUGCCUUUUGAAGAUGAAAAUCACUCAAGGCUUUAUAGAAAGAUUCUGAAGGGCAAAUACAGCUACACCGGAGAUCCCUGGCCAAAUGUUUCAAACUUGGCAAAAGACUUUAUAGACCAGUUGCUAAACGUGGAUUCCACUUUUCGCAUGUCAGCAGGACAGGCCCUGAACCACCCUUGGGUCUUGGCCACAGCGACUACAUCUUCUAUGAAGAACCUUCACCGGUCCAUAUCCCAGAACUUAAUGCACAGGACACCCAUCCGUUCUCGGAGCUUGAAGUCAGCACCGUCUUCUGAGUCUUGUAAUUCAAACAGGUCAAGACCCACCUGAGGGAAGGAAAAUUCAAAAGGAGAGAUUUAUCCUCGACUUUUCUCAUGGGAAUCCAGGCUACCCAUCAAGGCGUGUUUUCCCAGUGUGCAGCCUUGGUCUAGAUGAAAACCACGUUUUUGGGAAAGC